AUAAAAUCUACCACUGAUGAAUCCCAUCAUAAAAUACAUUCUCUCCUCUUGAGCUGGAUUGAUCUUUCAGGGGGAUUUUUUCAAUUCAAAUAUUAAGGAUGAAUGUGCUCUAUCUUUCCAUUCUUACUGUUUUAUGCAAGUUUGCUUCAAGUGCAGACUGGUGUUAUCAGUACCAAGUAACGUGCAACAACACGUGUGUAGGACCGGAUGAAUGGGCAACCGUUGCCGCAAAUUGUGGGAAUAGAAAACAGUCACCCAUUAACAUUGUAACAAAGAAUACUUCUGCAGACAGUCAUCUGACCCCAGUGCAGUUUACAGGCUAUCAAGAGAUUAUCAGUGGAGUCCUUAUAAACAAUGGACACACAGUGCAAGUGAAUCUUCCAAAUGGAGCAACAAUUAAUGGGGCCAAUUUAGGAUCCACUUACAAAGCUCAGCAGCUUCACCUGCACUGGGGCAAGAACGGUGGACCUGGAUCAGAACAUACUAUAGAUGGAGAGAAAUACCCUAUGGAGCUGCACAUUGUACAUAUAAGAGAAAAUUACACCUCUGUGGAACAAGCCAUUGACGACCCUUCUGGUGUGGCUGUUCUUGGAUUUUUUUAUGAGGAAUCAGAAAAUGCCAAUAAAAAAUAUGAAGCCAUCAUAAAUUCUCUGAAAAAUAUUACACACCCUGGCGCCAAUGUAACACUUGGGUAUGUAUCAUUGGACAUGCUUAUCCUCCCCCAUGAUGAAUUGGAGACGUACUAUCGCUACGAGGGGUCUCUCACCACACCAGCCUGCUCUGAAGCUGUGGUCUGGACAAUAUUUGAGAAAACGAUACCACUCAGCAAAGAACAGCUUUCUGUAUUUUCAAACUUGAUGUUUUCUGAUGGGACUGCCAUGGUAAACACAUACCGGCCGGUUCAGCUGCGGUAUGGACGUGAGGUGUAUUAUUCUAGGAGUUUUGUUUUUUGUGUUAGCACUGCCUUAUUGAUCAGCUCUGUUUUCACAUCACUCUAUGUUCUCACGGUCUGAGGCUAUGUUUUUGGGGUAUUGCUCGAAAACAAGUUUUUUUUUAAAUAAUUACUUAUUAAUU